GAGGAGACGUUGGAGCGGUGCCGAGGACCUACGGCAAGACUUGCAGCUGAGAAGGACAUUUUGGAGGUUUUGUUGGCUGGAAGAGGGGUCUCUGGAAUCCCACUUCUAGAUCUUUAUUGAAAAUUUGAAAGGAAUUAAUUUAGAGCCAUGGGGACAGCGAAGCCUGCAGUGCCAGAGUUCUACCAGUUCUCUUUGGAUGUCAUUUCCUAUAAAGGAUUUAUCCCCGUUUGAUUCACCUUCCUGUGGUAGGGAAAGUCACCUGGAGAAGUUGUGUUUGUCUCUCGUUUGGCUUUUUUUUUUCUUUAAUACAAUUACAGGCUACUGAGAAUGUGAGGAUGAAACCGGUUGAGUGUUCAGGGGAUCAGGGGCUGCUUGGUUGUGCUGAUUACGAGUGUGGGUCUGAGAGCCAGCAGGAGGAUUUCUCUGGAAGCCUCAGACCUUGAAAGGACCUGGGAUUUGUUUGUGGGCCUGGGUCGGUGUCCAGCCAUCUGUUCUAUGACCUAUGGGAUUCCCUGGAUACUUAGGAGAGAGAAUUCCAGUUGUCCUUCCUGUUGUGGUCGAUUGUGAGUGCACAAUAUAUUAAUGUGUUGUGUGUUAUGGAUGCAGUAUUUGUAGGGAGAAAGGUAUUUUCAUUCACUAAGGUAACUUACUUGAAAAUAAAAGAAGAGAAGGGAUGAAAAGGUGGGAAGGCCCUCAAGAGUAGUAAAUGAUGAGAGAAAAAGAAGAGGUUUUUACUAAAAGGAGAGGAUUACACAGAAAGCAGUGCCCUGGCGGGGCUUCAGGGAUACUAGAUGCCUGGGAGGCAAGGUCAGUUUGGGGAACUGAAACUCCUGGCCUGCCACUGUCUGACCUGAGAGGGAAGGAGUUUAAGAUGAGGAAAGAUUGGGGUUCUCAGGCGUAAAAAUUGAGCUACCUUGAGGUGGAAAGUAAGAUCACGCGCACUGGAAUUAUUCCUAGCACGGUGAGUGAUGGCUGGGUUGAGUACUGCACAGCCCCUCACAAAAUGUCUCCAUCUGGGGUUGGGAGUGAGCUUGUGCUCGCCCCCUGGUGGGUGGGUGGGGGAUAGCAGUCCAUUAUUAAGUGAACGGGAAGAAUUUCAGACGGGACCAAGGACACAGUAGGUUGAUCCUGUAGAUUACGCGAGGCAGUUAAGAGCAGCCUGGUGAUGACGACACACCACCAGUACUCGGGCUUCUGUGGAAUCUGGGGUCACCGCCCCUCUGAUCUUUGCCAUCACGAUUGCUACAAUAGGCUCUUUCCAGUUUGGCUACAACACUGGAGUCAUCAAUGCUCCUGAGGCGAUCAUAAAGGACUUUAUCAAUUACACUUCGCAAGAGAGGUUUAAAAACCCUCCCAAUGAGGCGGUACUCACAUCCCUGUGGUCCUUGUCUGUGGCCAUCUUCUCCGUUGGUGGUAUGGUUGGCUCCUUUUCUGUUGGACUCUUUGUCAACCGGUUUGGCAGGCGCAAUUCAAUGCUUAUUGUCAACCUGCUGGCCAUCGCUGGUGGCUGCCUUAUGGGGUUCUGCAAAAUAGCGGAGUCAUUUGAAAUGCUGAUCCUGGGCCGACUGGUUAUUGGCCUCUUCUGUGGGCUCUGCACAGGAUUCGUGCCCAUGUACAUUGGAGAGAUCUCUCCCACUGCCCUGCGGGGGGCCUUUGGCACGCUCAACCAGCUGGGCAUCGUUAUCGGGAUUCUGGUGGCCCAGAUCUUUGGUCUAAAAAUCAUCUUGGGGACUGAAGAGCUCUGGCCCCUGCUCUUGGGCUUCACCAUAAUCCCAGCCAUCCUCCAAUGUGCUGCCCUUCCAUUUUGCCCUGAAAGUCCUAGAUUCUUGCUCAUUAACAGAAAGGAAGAGGAAAGCGCUAAGGAGAUUCUCCAGCGACUGUGGGGCACCCAGGAUGUGGCUCAGGACAUCCAGGAGAUGAAAGAUGAGAGUAUAAGGAUGGCACAGGAAAAAAAAGUCACUGUGGUGGAGCUCUUCCGAGCCCCCAACUACCGACAGCCCAUCAUCAUCUCCAUCAUGCUCCAGCUCUCUCAGCAGCUCUCGGGGAUCAACGCUGUGUUCUAUUACUCGACAGGAAUCUUCAAAGAUGCAGGUGUCAGGGAGCCGAUCUAUGCCACUAUUGGUGCAGGCGUGGUCAAUACCAUCUUCACUGUGGUUUCUGUGUUCCUGGUAGAAAAGGCAGGGAGGAGGACGCUACACCUGAUAGGCCUUGGAGGGAUGGCUUUUUGUUCCGUCCUUAUGACGAUUUCUUUGUUAUUAAAGGAUAAUUAUGGUUGGAUGAGCUUUAUCUGUAUUGGUGCCAUCUUGGUCUUCGUGGCCUUCUUUGAAAUUGGCCCAGGCCCCAUUCCCUGGUUUAUUGUGGCUGAACUCUUUGGCCAGGGACCCCGCCCGGCUGCCAUGGCAGUGGCUGGUUGUUCCAACUGGACCUCCAACUUUUUGGUUGGACUGCUCUUCCCCUCAGCUGCAUUCUAUUUAGGAGCCUACGUUUUCAUUGUCUUCACCGGCUUCCUUGUUAUCUUCUGGAUCUUCACCUUCUUCAAAGUCCCUGAGACUCGUGGCAGGACUUUUGAGGAAAUUACACGAGCCUUUGAAGGGCAGGUGCCGGCGGGUAACCGAGGUGAGAAAGGUCCCAUCGUGGAGAUGAACAGCAUCCAGCCCACGAAGGACACCAAUGUCUAAGCAGUGCCUCCUUCCCACCUCCCUCCUGUCAUGGAAAAGCAACCUCUCCCUAAGCAAGGGAGAGACCUCACCAGAUUGUAACCCAGGACUGUUUCUGAAUGCUGCUCUACUCAACUCUUUUCUCAUCCCCACACAUCAUGGGCGCUCAGAGGAUCCCAGGGCUGGGGUUAGUUACCUUCAAAGGCUUUUACAAAUUUCAUUUCUUGGACAUUCUCUUCUGUUCAGGAGAGACCAAGUGAACCUGCCUUCAUUUCAGGAGGGAUUGGCUGCUUGGCAUAUGACAACUUUGCCAGCUCUUGCUACCUUCUACUGUUGCCUCUCGAGGGCAUUUGGGGGAGCGGGCAUAUGAGGCUGCAGUUCCUCCAACCUCGACUUACCAGGAAGCAGAUACACGUAUGAAUGUGGAAGGCAGAGAGGGAUUCCGUGAGACCGUCUUCCUCACUUCCAUACAGCUCUGCAGAGCAAACUAACUUGAGUUUUAUUUAUUUUAUCUUCUGGUUUUAUUGCAUAAAUAUUUAUUUUUGUAAGUAUAAAGUAAUUUUACCAGAUAAUGAAAGCAUACGGAAAUCGAGGUUAGAGGGAGGUGCUUAAAGAGGUUAUAUAGGGCGGAAGAUUGAAUACCGAAGAGGUUAAGGUGCAAUAAGAAGGGACAAAUUUAGGGAGAAAUGUGAUGCAUUGUUGGAGGGUGUAUGAUGCGGUGUGUGAGGUUUGCACGUUGCCUCUUAACAAUUUCUGUCCUUCAGGUGAAAACUCAAAUUUCUCAGAAAAGUCAUGUGCCUGUAUAAAGAAGCUAUUAGUUUCCUUUGGAACUUUUUCCUUUGUUUUAAGAUUAUAUGUAGUAUUACUUGAAAUCUAGGAUUAUCACUAAGAUGGGCAUUGUAGUUAAUGGUAGUUGAUGGGUUCUAAUUUUGGAUGGAGUCCAGAGAAGGGAUGGUUAUUUCUAGAAAUCCUCUCUCCCCUCACUGGACCAAACGGCUUCUUUGUAGUGAAUUCACUUUUUUUUUUUUUUUUUUUUUUUUUUUUUUAAAUACUCCCAUCAUCUGGUGGGAGAGCCUUCCAAAUGAACAAGCCAAAAUAUUGGUUCUUGGUAGAGGUUCAUUAUUUCUUCAGUUUGUUCUUUAGAAGAUUUUAGAUGUUGAUUUUUAUUUUGUUUUAAGCCAUAGCUUUAAAAGAAUUCAGAGAUGUUCAUAGCUACCUUGGAAUUUGUAACCUCAGCUCUGGGAGAGGAUUUUUCCAGGACGAUUAUUAUCCAGUUGAAGUAUGUUGUUACAUUAGGGUCAUCUCAUGCUCCUUUAUGUCUGUUACCAUGUCACGUUAACCCCUGUUACAAUGUUACCAUAGUGUUAUAUCAAGUGUCCUUCCAGGGACUUGAACUUUCCCACAGACCACACGUGACAGUAUGCGUGGCUGUGCAGUGGAGCCCACACUUGAGGGUGAGUGUAUGUGCACUGUCACCCUGCUCUGCGUGGAAGUAGUUUAUGGGCAACUUGUUUCCUCUAUGUUCCUAAGGCCCCCCUUUUGGAUAGAAUGUGUUAAAACUCAUUCCUAUGUAUGUCGAUAGCACUGCCUCUGCUGGGUGGAAUUUGAAUCUAUGGUUUUCUUUCAAACUUUUAGAGUUCAGUCUCAUCUGGCUGCCUUUCCUUGUUGGAGAGGAAGGGGAGAACUCCCUAAAUUUUGAGACUGAGAGUGAAGGACUCACUCCAUGCUCCGACAACAGGGGGAGAUAGGAAAGAGUGUGACAUCGGGACUCGGUGCCUCUGGCGGGUGCUGGAGGGGAGUCACAGAGGAGAGGGAGGCAUUCUUUGAAGGCAGUAAGAAACAAACUGAAGCUUCUAACUCUGGGGCGGUUCAGAGAGUUAGGUGAGAUGGAGGGGUUUACACUUGCCAGAGGCCACGGACACCUCCACGCCCAUCCAGUUACCUAGUAUUUUUAGAAAUGGAGAUUGGGCCCUUCUUCCCUUUUUCAUAUGUUGCUUGAUCUCCCCUUCCCUCUUUGGUGCUUACAUAUUUCAGGCCCUUUAGCCAAACCCUUGCCUGUUGCCAUUAUUUUGGUUCUAAGUUCUCACCAUUCCCUCUGGUCGUUGAGCCUUUGGAUAAAAACUCGCAGAGCCAUGGGGUGGGGCUUUGCUGGAACAGCUGAGUUUUCCUCUAACUGCACCUCUGCUCUGGCUCCUCAAAACCAGUGGGUUGGCAGUCAUGCAGUGUGGAAGUCUUCCCAUUUCUCAGUGACCAGAUUGUGAAUAAUUUCCAAACAGAUUUUCUAUUAUUGUUACUAUGGUUCUUUGUUUUGAAAUAAAAAUUCUGAAUGUGUAUAUAA